AAGGAAGUCUUGGUUUAAAAAGAAACAGAAACAUACACAGGGGGUUGGUGAAUGGUGCCGACCGCGGCCAUCGCAGUUGGAGGCUAUUUUUUGGGGGGGUGAGUAGCGUCCAUGGAGUUACUUUGCUCCCACUCCUAGCGGCACCAGCUCGAGUCUGGCGGGCUAACCGUCCCCAGCAGGAGCGCGGGGCUGGGGACGCCGCGGGCACGGCCGCCUCCCUCGCCACGACCCCGGAUGGAUGCGCGCCCCCCGCCCUCCCGCGCCGGCCCCAGGAGCUCCUGGUUUCGGGAGCAUCCUUCCCGCGCCGGCCCCCGCCGCGGCGCGUAGCCGAGGGCAGCGCCCCUCGGGAGGGCACCGCGGAGCAAGGCUAGGCCAGAGAGCCAGCUCCCUUCUCUAAAGAAGAGGUCCGAAGGAUCCUGCAGAUGCCACUGGGCAACCAGAUCCUGGAGCAAAGGAAUGGAGCUUUGUCCUUUCUGAGGUGAAGAAUAGGAUGGAAGAGAAGAGGCGAAAAUACUCCAUCAGCAGCGACAACUCGGACACUAGUGACAGUCACGCUACAUCUACAUCAGCAUCAAGAUGCUCCAAACUACCCAGCAGCACCAAGUCGGGCUGGCCCCGGCAAAACGAAAAGAAGCCCUCAGAGGUUUUCCGGACAGACUUGAUCACAGCCAUGAAGAUUCCAGAUUCAUACCAGCUGAGCCCGGAUGACUACUAUAUCCUGGCGGACCCGUGGCGACAGGAAUGGGAGAAAGGUGUGCAGGUGCCCGCCGGGGCAGAGGCCAUUCCAGAGCCGGUGGUGAGGAUCCUCCCACCACUGGAAGGCCCCCCUGCACAGGGAUCCCCAGACAACUCUGCACUUGGUGAGGCCUCCCAGCCUGAUUGGCCAGAGGGCAGCCGCUAUGACCUGGACGAGAUUGACGCCUACUGGCUGGAGCUUAUCAACUCCGAGCUCAAGGAGAUGGAGAGGCCCAAGCUGGACGAGCUGACAUUAGAACGUGUGCUGGAGGAACUGGAGACUUUGUGCCACCAGAAUAUGGCCCGGGCCAUUGAGACGCAGGAGGGGCUGGGCAUUGAGUAUGAUGAGGAUGUGGUCUGUGACGUGUGCCGCUCCCCUGAGGGCGAGGAUGGCAACGAGAUGGUCUUCUGUGACAAGUGCAACGUCUGUGUGCACCAGGCUUGCUAUGGGAUCCUGAAGGUGCCUACAGGCAGCUGGCUCUGCCGGACGUGUGCCCUGGGAGUCCAGCCAAAGUGCCUGCUCUGCCCCAAGCGAGGAGGAGCCCUGAAGCCCACCCGAAGUGGGACCAAGUGGGUGCACGUCAGCUGCGCCCUGUGGAUUCCUGAGGUCAGCAUUGGCUGUCCAGAGAAGAUGGAGCCCAUCACCAAGAUCUCACAUAUUCCAGCCAGCCGCUGGGCUCUGUCCUGCAGCCUCUGCAAGGAGUGCACAGGCACCUGCAUCCAGUGUUCAAUGCCUUCCUGUGUCACUGCAUUCCAUGUCACUUGCGCCUUUGAUCAUGGCCUAGAAAUGCGGACUAUAUUAGCAGACAACGAUGAGGUCAAGUUCAAGUCAUUCUGCCAGGAGCACAGUGAUGGGGGCCCGCGGUGCGAGCCUACAUCCGAGCCCACGGAGCCCAGCCAGGCCAUCGAGGACAUGGAAAAGGUGACUCUGCGCAAGCAGAGGCUGCAGCAGCUGGAAGAAGACUUCUACGAGCUGGUGGAGCCGGCUGAGGUGGCCGAGCGGCUGGACCUGGCUGAGGCGCUGGUCGACUUCAUCUACCAGUACUGGAAGCUGAAGAGGAAAGCCAAUGCCAACCAGCCGCUGCUGACGCCCAAGACUGACGAGGUGGACAACUUGGCCCAGCAGGAGCAGGACGUCCUCUACCGCCGCCUGAAGCUCUUCACACACCUGAGGCAGGACCUGGAGAGGGUUAGAAAUCUGUGCUACAUGGUGACAAGGCGCGAGAGAACAAAACACGCCAUCUGCAAGCUCCAGGAGCAGAUAUUCCACCUGCAGAUGAAACUUAUUGAACAGGAUCUGUGUCGAGAGCGGUCUGGGAGGAGAGCAAAGGGCAAGAAGAGCGACUCAAAAAAGAAAGGUCACGAAGGCCCUAAGGGCAGUAGCCCUGAGAAGAAAGAGAAAGUGAAGGCUGGGCCAGACUCCGUGCUGGGGCAGCUGGGGCUGUCCACCUCAUUCCCCAUCGACGGCACCUUCUUCAACAGCUGGCUGGCACAGUCAGUGCAGAUCACAGCAGAGGACAUGGCCAUGAGCGAGUGGUCGCUGAACAAUGGGCACCGUGAGGACCCCGUUCCGGGGCUGCUGUCAGAAGAGCUGCUGCAGGACGAGGAGACACUGCUCAGCUUCAUGCGGGACCCCUCCCUGCGACCUGGCGACCCUGCCAGGAAAGCCCGGGGCCGCACCCGCCUGCCUGCCAAGAAGAAACCACCACCGCUGCAGGAUGGUUCGCGGACAACUCCAGACAAAGCCCCCAAGAAGCCCUGGGGCCAGGAGGCAGGCAGUGGCAAGGGUGGGCAGGGUCCACCUGCCAGGAAACCACCACGGCGGACGUCUUCUCACUUGCCGUCCAGCCCUACAGCUGGGGACUGUCCCAUCCCAGUGGCCCCCAAAAGCCCCCCUCCACUGGCUCCUGAGACCCCAGUCGAGGCAGUCCCCAUGGCUGCUGACUCGAAUGUGCAAGUGCCUGGCCCUAUGGUGAGCCCCAAGCCCUUGGGUCGGCUCCGGCCACCCCGUGAGAGCAAAGCCACCCGGAGAUCACUGGGUGCCAGGCCUGAUGCUGGGACAGGACCGCCUUCUGCUGUGGCCGAGAGGCCAAAGGUCAGCCUACACUUUGACACUGAGACUGAUGGCUACUUCUCUGAUGGGGAGAUGAGCGACUCGGAUGUAGAGGCCGAGGACAGCGGGAUACAGCGGGGUUCCCGAGAGGCAGGGGCUGAGGAGGUGGUCCGCAUGGGUGUACUGGCCUCCUAAUUCACCCUACCCCUGUCCCAGGUCCUGCCCUGGUCCCUGAUAAGGCCUCAGCCCAGUCACAACUGCCAUUUCCAAUCUCUGCUGAGUGUCCCAGACCCUUGAGGCUGCCACUCUGUUGUGGUUUUAUUUUUAAUAUAGAGAGUUUUGAAUUCCACACUGUUGUCUUUCCUCUGUGCUGGCCUAGGACAUUAGGAUUCCUUCCAUGGUUCUGGCCACAAGGACCAUACCAGGUCCUGUGUGCCACCUCUGUCCCGGCCCACGCAGCAUUGCUGGGCUUCUGGUUAGAUGUAGGCAAGGUGAAGAAGCGCUCAGGACUCAAGCCCGCUGCCACUGGGUGACAGACUGUCGUUUGGGCAUUAUUUCAUGGCAGAUGGGCCAGCCCAGGGCCUUCCCCACCUUGCCCUCAGAUCACACUGGGGCCCAUAAGGGGGGGGGGGGGGUCCUGCUGCACUCCACUGAUCCCCAAGGAAGUAUAAUAAAUGUUAACCCAGCCAGAGUCUACUCACUGUCACAAGCACAACGAGUUUAUAAGAGAAAGCACUGAGGGGGCGCAGGGGGCCCACUGGUUCCUGACCAACCCACAUCAUCUGAGGCCUGCCCGCCUACCCCACCACCCUCCCCUCCCUUGAUGCUCUGCCCCUGCCAGUGCCCAGCCCAGCAGCUCUGGGAAGGGGUUCCCAGAAUCCUUCCUGAGCUGUUCAUUUACUCAGGGGACUCCCAAACAGCCAGCCACCAGUGCCGGUGGAGGGCUCCAAGGGAGGGCCAGUGCCCAGCCAGGGGCGUGGGGCUCAGACCAGCCCACUGCAGAGAAUCACUCUGGGGCUCCAACUUCCUUCCUUCGGGGCCAGUCUCGGCUAAAGUCUGGUCACUCCCACGUGGAGCUGGCCAGACCAGACCGUUUGCCUUUUCAAGUUUCUUAGUCCUGCUAAAAGAUGAGCUUCUUCCUCGGUUUCCUUUUGGAAACACCUCCUUCCAACAAGCAGUGGGAUCCCGGGGCCAGAGCAGGCCAGUGUCGGCCUGCUGGGGCUGGUUGAAGUCUUGCUGGAUGUUCUCCUGUUCCUGUGUCCCUUGGCGCCUUAAUCCUGUUCCUUGUACCCCCAUCCCACCCCACCCUGCCUCACCCCACCUUUCCUGACCUCUAGGUCCCAGAUAGUUGCUCUGAAGAGUUUUCCGUGGAGUGGCCCCAGGGUGAUAGCUCAGGGAACAAACAUAAAAGGAAUUCCGUGAAAACUUUUUUUUUUUUUUUCCUCUUAACGAAUUACUCCUGGGUCACUUCCACCACUGGUAAAGCCAGAACUUCUCCAACAAGAACCUUGCAAAAGUCCAGUGAAUCAGUCGAAUCAUUCUAUGGAUGCCAAAGAAUAUUUUGACCAUAAUACAGCACAGUCUGAACCUGACAACUUGUCACUGGGACUUUUUUUUAAAUGGAGUUCUUUAGCAACAAAGUACAGAAACACGUUCAUUGCGCACACCCACGGAGAGCCCAAGGUCCUUGGAGCAGGAUGCUUUGCUGCUGCUGCUGCUGCUGCUGCUGCUGCUGCUCUGUACCUGGGUGUUGGAUUUCAGACCCUGGGCUGGGCCACUGUGAGCAUUCCUAAACUCUGAGACUCCCAGGGGAAAUCCUGACUGUGAAACCAGCGUGGAAACCGUCUUUACCAUGUGGACCCUCCCACCGCCCCCCCCCGCACGAAUACACAAAGAGCAAACAAGCGGGAUGGGGAACAACUUAACCUUCACCCCUCCCCUGACUCCAAACUUAACAAGGUACGACAGUGGCAUUGUCAUCAACACUCAAUCUCGUGAAUUUUAGCAAAACCAGAAACAAAGAGAAUGACUUCAGUUCAGAGGAUCGGGCAAAUUUGUCCAGUCCGAGUGGACUCUUGAGGGAGUGGGUGGGCUCCAAGGAUCCUGGGCGUUGGGAUGGCAUGAGCUACCACGUAGACUUAGUCUGCCUGCCCGCCUUGGUAGUAGUGACAGUGCAUUGUUAGCAUGGGCAUCCCAACCCCAGUCUCUGUUUACUGCCUUUGAACAGACCUUCCUUCCCCGUGCUUCGGGUCACUUCGGGUCGCAACCUUCUCUGUGCCGGACUGCCUGGUCUGGCCCUGGGGUGAACAAAGGGGUGAGCUUAAAGAACAACCAAACUCUGCCAGGGGUGGAGCGCCAGUCAGGCUCAGGGUUCAGCAGUCUUGACACUUGCCCCGACCCGUUCACUCCAUCUCGGGGCAGGGUCUGGGCUCUGAAUGGAGAAUCAAGGGGUGAGUGAAUUUUAGAAAAAUCUAGCCUCUCGCCCUGGGGCUGGCCUUGCCUCUAAGCCAGGACCUAGGCUGGGCAUGCAGAUGGGGUGGCUGGCAUUUCUUCAGGAAGCCUCUGCUAGUGACGGCCUCUGGAUUCUGGCCCCUCUUCUCUGUUGGCUUUUGCUUUGGACUAGACUGUUCCUGCAGUCUGUGUCCUGGAAAGCCCAGGGGUCUCUGGGCCAGUCGCUCCCAGGCCAGGCCCUAGAGCAGUCUUUACCAGGCAGCUGACUCCACCUCCAGGAUGUCCACCAGGCUCCAGGGAGGACAAAGAUGCCAGUCUCUCCUCCCUCCUACCCCCAGUGGCUCCCAGUUUUCCCCAUUAGCCACAGCCCCUUCAUUCAUUCUUUCUAACCCACUAUCCACAAUGGACAGGGCUGUGUUGCCCUCUGAGACCAAGAAGGUUCCUUUUCCAGACCAGAGGCAGAUCUUUUUCUUGACCACAUCUGCCCACAUUCAUAGUUCCUCCACAGGGAGGCAGAAGCUGCUCCGUAAACUCAUUCUGGCUAUAUAGUCCCCCAUUCUCACAGUCCCGCUGCCUUCCACCUCCUUCCCUCUCAUUAUGUGACAAAGGAUAAUGUGCAAGGAAAGUAUUUUUAUGUAUUAUAAAUGUAUUUUGAAACAAAUAAGGAGAAGAAAGGUAGAAUGCUCAUUUACUUUCUUAAAUGAGCUCUGAUUUUGUGACGGUAUAUGAGUUUUUGCAAUGUAAGGGACUCAGCUUCUUUGGAGAGGCCACCCAGGUUUCCAGACGUGGGCAUUGGACCUUAGUGGUGUGCAUGUGUGCCAGAGUAUGUCUUGUGUCUCCGUACAUGCACAUCUGGGUGCAUUGCAGAGAGUCGCACCAUGGGACUUGCUGGGGCAAUUCCUAGAGAUUCAACUGGCCGAUGCUAACAAACCCUGGCAGCAGCUGGAUUUGGCAUUUCCUUGCUCACUGCCAGAUGUGGCCAACCUCUGGCUGUACUCAAAACUCUGCAGAAUGAUCUGGAUUCCUGUAGCAAGGCCCUUGGGGAGGCCACUCUCCAAUGUCCCUGGCCCUGCUGGCCACAUUGGCCAAAGAGCCAGGGCUGGAGUCUGGGACCUUUGGUUGUUCUUUAAGGCACUUCCUUCCGCUUUCUCCCUCAGAUGCACACUGUGUGCUCCAAAUCAUUUGGGGGGUGGCGGUGGGGGGGGUGAUAUGAAUGUCACAGGAGGAGACACCUUCUGUCUUUGUUUCAAAGAAAGUGAUGUGCCAUUUGUUAAUAUACAAGAGAAAUAUUGAAAAUAUAUUGAAAAGAGCAAUUUUAAAUUAUUUUUGGCUUAUGUUGCAAUAUUUAUUUUCUUGUAUUAGAAAAGAUUCCUUUGUAGAGAAAAAAAUGUAUUUUUCAUUACCGCAAAGACCUAUUUCUCCUUUUUGUACAUUGUCCAUGUUCGCAACCCUUAAUGAGCAAUAGAAUGUAUGGUCACCUCGGUGUGGCCAAUGCCCGCUGUGCCCUGCAUGAUUCUGUGUUGCUGCUGCUGCAUAGCUCCCAACCCCAUCCUGUCCUGCUCACUCAUGGGGGUUCCAGACCCCGGCCCCCACCAGGGCCUGUGUCUUAUGGAGCCCUCUGCACUCCUCGUGUGUUGGCAAAUGCAGUUAAUAAAGCAAUGUUUUCUGUG